AUGACAACCAAGGAAGAAGGCUGGCUUUAUAAGCUAUCCUGGACAAACCUACAUCGAUCAUGGCAACGUCGGUAUUACGUUCUCCAAGGAAAGGAACUUCGCUGUUACAAGAAGCCUGAUGACCACAAGCCCUCUAGCACGAUCGAUCUCAAGCACUAUGUAGGAGUCAACAUGUAUCCUUCCAAGCACUCUCAAUGGACGUUUCGACUCGAGACUGGAUGCCGAUAUCAUAAGAGCCAUUUGCUUUGUGGUGAGACGGAAGCCGAUAGUAGAUCAUGGAUACAUACCAUUGCAGCACGAAUCCAUCCUGAGCAUAGUUCACAGCUUUGUGCUCCUGGAGAACAUCAUCUCAAGCAAUAUUAUCAACAUCACUAUAACAACCACAGCAAUAAUAGUGUCGACGAUGAUGAUGGUAUCGACGAGGAGAUUAUCAGUGAUUAUGGCAGCAGCGUAUUAGACAAGUGGUUGGAACGACUCGAUCUUCAAGAUGACCCUAGUAAGAAAUCAAUGACAUCGAUUGCUACACCUACGCCAUCAUCUACCAUAUCGACAUCCAUUCCCACAUCCACCACAUCCACAGCGGCUGGUCCGCUUUCGACAUCCCUUCCAGCAUUAUCGUCUACCAUAUCAACCACCGAUGAAACUAUUAGUCGACCCCCGUCAUCCAAUUCAGUAUCUAGCAACCACAACAAUAGUAAUGGUGGCUCAGCUUCAGCUGCACUAGCCGAUGUCUUUGCUCAAACACGAGCAGCAGUGAAACGACGUGUAACAGUAUCCAAUGGUAGUCAAUCACCACCACCGCCACCACAACCACAAUUACAGCCACCACUUCCACGACGUAGUGAAGAUGUAUUUCAAUUCGAAGAGCAUGAGUCAUUGGAACAACAACAAAAUCAUCCUCCUUCUUCGUCAUCCACCAUCACCUAUUCACGUACAGCUAUGAUGAUACCACCUAGUAAACCUCCACCAACUACAGCAUUACCACCGCCACCACCACCUCCUCGACCCAAAUAA